AAUGAUCAUUAAGUGUGUCGUAAAUUAUAUUAUAAGAAAAUGGGUUUUUUGCGAACAUUGGUUCUUCUGGUCUGCCUAUUAGGAGUAAGCCUGGCUGCUAGAUGUAAUUCUGACGGUGUUUGUACUAGUAAUGAGUUACAUUGUGCUGACGGUUACGUGAAAGGCUGUCACUCGGGAAUGUGUACAUGUGAACAUGCAACAUCAACACGUUGUUCAUAUGUAAACGACAGCUUGACGUUAGGACAUUGCAGCAUUCAUGGAAAAGACGGUUUUUGGCAUUGUGCAGAUAGUGUUUGCAAAUGUUUCUUCUUCUAGACACACAAUACUGUUACUAAUCUUCAUAUUUUGUAUACAAAAUGGUUGUUUUGGAAU